AUGGAGGAAUCUACAACGACAACAACAACAUCGACGCUGUUGCCAGGGGGGUUUCACGCGUUCAAUCCGCAAGCCGACUUUUCGGAUAACAAGGAGACCAAUGUUUCACGUCCGCUUACCGAUGCUGUCAUUACGAUCCGGAUCAUCAAGUCGUUCGAGUUUCGAUCGAUGAAAGCGUACGUGAUCAAGUCGAUCGAUCUCACUACUACCACCGUUUCGGAAUUGGAAGACAUGUGUCGGGCCGAGGUGAAGCGCAAUUCGAGCUUUCGAGCGUUUCGCAGUUAUGCCGAUCAGCUAGAUACUUUGAAGCUUUACACUCGCGCGCACGGAUCCAAGACGACGAAUCUGAUCAUCAAUCUGGACCACCCGGAGUGGGUGCUCGAAGACGCCAACCUAGGCGCACUCGUCAAUGGACAGUCGAACGAGCGACUGACAAAGCAAAACACCACCUUGGCUCAAAUAGGCAUCGAAAACGAAACCGAGUUGAGCUUCUUCAACAGGCAGGCGUACGAACAAUUCCUGGCCAACCCCAACACCAAAUGGGACGCAACAGGUUGA